AUGGCCUACACCAAAGACUACUACCACAUCCUGCAGCUGCCCGCGCCAGGCUGGACCUCAAAACAGCAAACCAGCGCAGCAGAGCUCCGCCGAGCGUACAAACUCGCCCUGCUAGCCGCGCACCCAGAUAAAGCGAGCGCCGUCGCUGCCACGACCACGACAACGAACGCAACGCAGACGAAGACGAAACCCGCAUACACAGUCGACGACGUCAAAGAAGCCUACACGACCCUCGCAAACGCAACCUCAAAAUCCGAAUACGAUAGUUGGUUCCUGCGCCAUGGCGAUGGGCUGAUCACGACGACGACGGGCAAGGAGGUUGUCGAGUGA